UUUCCUUCCUCACAGCCAAAGCUGCUUGAACUGCUUCUAAUCCUCUAAAAUCAGCAAAUUAUUUGGUAAAAAACUUCAUUAGCGUCAGAUUAUAUGGUUUAACAACACCAAAAACUCCCAGCAACUGUUUUCAUGCAGUUGGACUGUCUGAAUCCAAUGGCAGCUCUGUGUGAGAAGGUGCUGACCAUCACUGUGUUAUUGGUUGUCUUUGUACCUUCAGGUGCUUUCGAUUUUAAUCAGUGGAGUCGUCAUUGUGGUUUAAGACAGCCAGGCAUCCAGAUAACUGCACCAAAGAAGAAUGAAGCUCUCAGUGGAUCUUGUUUGCAAAUACCAUGUAAAUUUUCUUUAAAAGAUGCACAGCUUGACCACAGCAAACCCAUCUCUGGCGUUUGGAUGAGACAUGACUUAGAUUUUGCUGUCAAUCCAAACCGUAUUAUUUUUAAUAGCAGUAACUCAGCUAACACCUACCCCCUGAAAAUAACUGGAAACCUGCAUGAAGAAAACUGCACCACUCUGUUUCCUGAUGUAAGGAAAAAACAUGCAGACAAAUACUUCUUCAGAAUUGAAAAUGGGCCAUUCAAGGCGACAGGUUGUAAAGAUCAUCUUUAUAUAACAGUUGAAGAUUCUCCUUGGAGUCCCAGCAUUAAUAUCCCUGUUGGUGAUCUGAAGGAGCAUCAGCCUGUCACUAUAAGCUGCUCAGCUUUGACUCCCUGUCCACACUCACCUCCUGAACUCACCUGGAAUCUCCAACAAGAUUCUGAGAGACAAACAGAAAAAAACACAGAUGGAACUUUUACAACUAAAAUCCAGGAGACCAUCACUCUGUCAGACACACAUGAUGGAUACAACAUCAGCUGUUCUGCCAGAUAUCCUGUGAAUAGAGGAAGCAAGACAGCAGAGACAGAAGUGACUCUCAGUGUUUCAUAUGCUCCUAAAGACACCUCAGCAUCCAUCAGUCCAUCAGGUUUGGUGUCAGCAGGUAGCAGGGUGGAGCUGAGCUGCUCCAGCAGAGCCAAGCCUCCUGCCAGCUUCACUUGGUUAAGAAAUGGCAAAAAUGGACCCAUUAAUGUAUCUGUGGGGCAGGUUUACAGAUUCAAUGUUACUGAGGGAGAAGAGUAUUAUUGUGAGGUUACAAAUGAUCUGUGGAAUGAGAGAUCAUCAGUGAUCCAUUUUAACAUUGAAGAUUCUCCUUGGAGUCCCAGCAUUAAUAUCCCUGUUGGUGAUCUGAAGGAGCAUCAGUCUGUCACUAUAAGCUGCUCAGCUGUGACUCCCUGUCCACACUCACCUCCUGAACUCACCUGGAAUCUCCAACAAGACUCUGAGAGACAAACAGAGAAAAACGCAGAUGGAACCUUUACAACUAAAAUCCAGGAGACCAUCACUCUGUCAGACACACAUGAUGGAUACAACAUCAGCUGUUCUGCCAGAUAUCCUGUGAAUGGAGGAAGCAAGACAGCAGAGACAGAAGUGACUCUCAGUGUUUCAUAUGCUCCUAAAGACACCUCAGCAUCCAUCAGUUUAUCAGGUUUGGUGUCAGCAGGUAGCUGGGUGGAGCUGAGCUGCUCCAGCAGAGCCAAGCCUCCUGCCAGCUUCACCUGGUUCAGGAACAGCAAACAUGGAGCCAUUAAUGUAUCUGUGGGGCAGGUUUACAGCUUCGCUGUUACUGAGGGAGGAGAGUAUUACUGUGAGGCUACAAAUGAUCUGGGGAAUCAGAGAUCAGCAGUGAUUCUACUUAAUACUGAAGUGCCAGGAGUCAGUCUCUGUGUUAUAUUGAAGAUCCUGGGGAUCAUAAUGCUCUGCAGUGCAGUCUGCAUCUUUCAGAGCUGGUUUAGAUUAUCCAACAAACAAGCGAAGAAGGACACAGAUGAAGCAGAUGAUGUCAACAGAGUGAUGGAGGUUCAGGCAUAAUGAACCUCAAUGGGAUAAGGAGGAAGCCUAUUCCAGAGUCAAAGGGUCUCCGUUCUUCAUCCAUCAAUCCAAUGAAACUUCAAGGUUACAGCAGGAACUGGUGUCUUCCUGCAGCCGUCAUCAGGCCAGAAGAGGAGGCCCACCUGGACAGCUCACCAGUUCAUCACAGGACCAACCAUUGGGACAUGAAGUCAUUAAUUAUUGCUUUAUGUUUUACUGUGCAUGUAUUAGAAUAUAAAAUGUAAUACUUAAGUGGAUCAUAUUGCUGUAAAUAAUGCUUGAUGAGCAGAACUGGAAGAAUUUUGUUAAUGUUAGUGUAAAUGUGAUAUUACAGAAGCGUAUGAUAGUUUACAAUGAUAUUGGAAAUUUGUUUUGUCCAGGAUAAAAUCAAUUCCAUUUUUUUCCAAAUAAAAUUGUAAUAAUAUUCAAAUAAAUUUGA